AGUUCAUGAAACAGUAGGGUCGCUGUACAAUUGACAAACUUUGACAAGUGCGAUAAUCGAAGGAUUAGUGCUCUCGCAAAAACGCAGUAAUUUGAGAUUUUUAUGCGCGAUAUUUGCGGUAAGCAAAAAAAAAGGAAAACUCGUGCAACUGAAGGAAUACCAAGAACAAUUAGACGAAGGACGACUAUAUCCGGACGCUACAAUGGUAGACUACAGCAAAUGGAAGAAUAUUGAAAUUUCAGAUGAUGAAGAUGAUACACAUCCAAACAUUGAUACGCCGUCCUUAUUCAGAUGGCGUCAUCAGGCACGACUUGAAAGAAUGGAAGAACGUAAGAAAGAGCAGGAGGAACACAAUAGGAAAAAAGCAGAAACAUUGCAGAAAUUGAAAGAUGCAAAAGAAAAGUUAGCUAAAUUAGAAAGCGAGCAGAAAGAUUCAGCUGAUUUAACUACAUUAAAAAAGGUUCUUCAUGAUCUUGAAGAGGAAGAGAAGAAGAUUAAACAGAAAGAGGAGGAAAUGAAAAAGAAAGAAAGAUUAACACCUUGGAAUGUAGAUACCAUUGGCCAAGAUGGUUUUACCAAAACUGUGAUAAAUACAAAGCCUCCUAGAAAGGAUGCAGAUGCUGGUUUAUCUGAUGAAGAAAAGGAGAAACGGAUGAAGCAAUUUGUUAAAGAAAAUGAGAAAAAAUUGAAAGAAUUUGGCAUGCUGAGGAAAUAUGAUGACAGUAAAAAAUUCUUACAAGAGCAUCCGUAUUUAGUUUGCGAGAAUACAGCAAAUUACUUAGUUGUUUGGUGUAUUAAUUUAGAAAUGGAAGAAAAACAUGAUUUAAUGGAGCAUGUUGCUCAUCAAUGUAUAUGUAUGCAAUAUAUAUUGGAACUAUCCAAACAAUUGGAGGUUGAUCCGCGGGCGUGCGUCGGAUCUUUUUUCAGUCGUAUUCAAAUUGCCGAAGUAGAAUACAAAAAUUCCUUCGAUGAUGAACUGAGGGCAUUUAAGGAUAGAAUACGCAAGAGAGCAGCAGAAAAUGUGACUGAUGCGGUCAGGGAGGCUGAGGAGGAAGAGAGAAAAGCUCGUCUAGGUCCUGGCGGACUUGAUCCAGUUGAAGUGUUUGAAAGUCUUCCAGAAUCUUUACAAAAAUGCUUCGAGGCGCAAGAUAUUCCUUUGUUGCAACAAACGAUAGCCUCAAUGUCAGAGGAAGAGGCGACAUAUCACAUGAAACGUUGCGUCGAUAGCGGUCUAUGGGUUCCCGAUGCAAAAGCCAAGGAAAAGGAGGAGCAACAAAAGGCUACGAAAGAAACACCAGAUCCGGAAUAACGACAUUUUAUUUGAUCGUAUCUACAUAUAAUUAUUGAUACUCGGUAAAAAUCAGUAUCUCAGUUAUACAGGACUAUUCUUUAUGCAUAAUACGACAGGUACAUUAACAAUAAAGUCGUCUUUACGAACUCA